CGUUGAUUUUAAUGUACCAUUUCAAGAUGGCAAAAUAUCAAAUAAUCAACGCAUUGUAGCUGCCUUGCCUACUAUUAAUGAGGCUUUAAAAAAGGGCGCAAAAUGUGUUAUUUUGAUGUCUCAUCUAAACCGUCCAAAUGGAAAGCCAAAUCCAAAGCAUUCACUUAAACCUGUUGCCGAUGAGGUUGGUAAAUUAUUGGGAAGAGAAGUCUUGUUCUUGAAUGAUUGUGUCGGUCCCGAAGUCACAAAAACUUGUCUUAAGGCCAGUAAUGGGCAAGUGAUUUUGCUUGAAAAUCUUCGAUUCCAUAUAGAAGAAGAAGGGUCUAUUAAAGAUGAUGAUGGAAAGAAAAUCAAAGCAUCUCCUGAAGAUUUAAACAACUUUCGAACGUCUUUAACAGAACUUGGAGACUUAUAUGUUAAUGAUGCAUUUGGUACUGCACAUCGUGCUCACAGCUCAAUGGUUGGUGUAAAUUUACCAAUUAGAGCUGCAGGACUUUUGUUAAAGAAAGAAUUAGAAUACUUUGGAAAAGCAUUAGAAGAUCCGGAUCGACCAUUUUUGGCAAUUCUUGGCGGUGCUAAAAUUUCUGAUAAAAUCCAAUUAAUCAAUAAUCUUCUCGAGAAGAUCGGCAACUCGCUCUAUGAUGAAGAAGGAUCUAAAAUCGUAAAACAAUUAGUUGAAAAGGCAAAAUCCCUGAAUGUUGAAUUGAUAUUUCCUGUGGAUUAUAUUAUUGCAGACAAAUUUGAUGCAAAUGCUAAUACCGGUACUGCUACAGACGAGACUGGCAUUCCAGCAGGAUGGCUAGGUUUAGAUUCUGGUGAAAAAACCAAUGAACUUUUUAAGGCAGCUAUUUAUAAAGCAAAAACUAUUCUCUGGAAUGGUCCUCCAGGAGUUUUUGAAUUUGAAAAAUUUUCAAAUGGAACAAAAGUAGUAUUAGAUGCAGUCAUCAAGGCUACAGAAAACGGUGCUAAGACUAUUGUUGGAGGUGGUGAUACUGCAACAGCCGUUGCUAAGUGGGGUGCUGAAGAUAAAAUUUCACAUGUCAGUACCGGCGGUGGUGCUAGUUUGGAGUUGCUUGAAGGUAAAGUAUUACCCGGUGUUUCUGCCCUUACUGAUAAGUCUUAA